CCGUUCCCUUUCGUACUUGGAUUUAUCUUCCUGAUUUUCAACAAUACCCACAAUUUCUUGUCUUGAUUGUUGUUUAAUUUUGAGCUUUAGGGUUCGUUUCCAUCGGCAUCGCUGGUGUUCGUUCUGGGUAUUUGUCGGCUGUAAUCAUCUUUCAGGAUUAGACGCGUUUGAUCAUUUAAUUUGUUCAUGACUCCAAGAUAAAUUUCCUCUAUCAUUUAAUUUCAUAACCAACAUGAGGCAGAGAAUACCGCGCACUAGUCAGAUGGUCGAUAUGGAAAUGGAUCGACAAGGUCAGAAUUAUCUUCAUGCUGAGCCUUCCAUCAUUAUGCCAGGCCCAUCUAACUUCCCUCAGCAUAGUAUUCAUUCAAUGGUAACAGCUUCUGGGAAUCCCGAGGCCCAUUAUCUACCCGAUCCUUAUGAUGGCUCCAUGUUACAUGGUUUAAAUCAGUAUGGUAGCGUUCAGCAUCAUCACAGUCUAGGUUUGAGUACUGCAGCCCCUGGAAACUAUUAUUACUCUUACGUUACACCGCCAUCAAGUAAUGGGAUGUUACCUGCACCUCUAAAUCAUAACGUGUCCGAGCAGUUGCCAUCUUCUAGCAAUUAUGGAGUCAUUCAAACGUCUUCUGAUGGUUAUGGAAGGAAUUCAUAUUUUGUGGAUGAAGUUAGUGAUCCGCGUAAGAGAAAAAUAACAGAAGGGAUUCCUGGGAACAUUCAACACAUGAAUGGUGUGGCCAGCUCUAGUUCUUCUGUGCAUUUGUCGAAUUCAAGGCAUCCUGACGAGGUUGCUAUGGUGGAAGCAUCAUCUUUUCCCCUGCCUCAGAGUAGAUGGAAUGGACCGCGGAGUAGUGUUAGAGCUGCAUCAGGUGGAACUAGGCGGGACUCUCUUCUACCACCCGAACACAAUCAUUCAACUCUAGGAAAUAAUAGGGGUCAACACCUUCAGCCCGCUAAUUCUAGUUUCUGGUUGGACCAACACUUACAGGCUAAUUGUGGAAACGGAAGUGCUUCAUCUUGGAACCAGACGUCUACCCCACCUUUCAUGCACGGAACUAAUACAAAUGGAGGUUUGUUGGAAACCAUGAAUUUGGGUGUGCAUAGAUAUCAUGAAACGGCGGGGAACCGGAGUUCUAGAAAUGUCCAACAUCCUUCAGUUAACCAUGGCCACCACAUUCAUAAUCAUCCAUCUGCAGUUGUGCAAAGAAUUAGAGGCCACAAUUUCCAGUUCUACCCCCAAAUGACAGCAGCUUCAUAUGGAUUUCCUUUGAAUUCUUCAUAUGCCACCAUGAAUCCUCAUAGUUUGGAGAUAGGGCGUAGGCAACCAGGACCAGUUCCACCUACCGGUCACGGGCUGCACUGGCUUCCACGAGCGAAUGUUGCUGCUGACACUACAACUAGACAUCAUAAUGUUCCUCAGUUGAGAUUCUUGCAGACUGAUGAAGUUGCAUUAUUGGAGAUUCCGGAAUUCUACGAAGUGGGGAAUUUUGUUGACCAUCACAGGGACAUGCGAUUGGAUAUAGAGGAUAUGUCUUACGAGGAACUUCUCGCUUUAGGGGAGCGAAUUGGUAACGUCAGCACUGGGUUAACAGAGGAAAUCAUUAAAACUCAAUUAAAAACAAGGAGCUACGUAUCAUCUGCAACAGUUGUUAAUCUGGAGGAAGAGGGUUCAAGUUUGGACCAGGAUGCCGAUUACUGUAUCAUCUGCCAGGACCACUAUCAGAACCGGGAGAAAGUUGGAACGCUCAAUUGUGGACAUGAGUACCACGCGAGUUGCUUAAAGAAAUGGCUGCUCGUCAAGAAUGUCUGUCCCGUCUGCAAAUCGGAAGCAUUGGCGACGGAUAGAAAGGAACGAUGACAAACAAACAGAGCACUGUUUAAAACAAGCAGCUCUGUAUGUUGUUCCUUACAACUCCAUCUAUCUAUGAAUGCAGUUAGCUGAUCUUUUGUUGACUUUUGUAUAUGUACUUGCAUAUAAAAAUAUAUAUAUCUCUCUCUAUAUAUAUAUGACUUAAAAAGUAACUGUCCAGCUCAUUUAUUUGUUGGCUUCCAGAAUAUGGAUCCUGUUGUAUUUAUAAAAAACAAAAAACAUUGUACAGACUUGUUUUCUUGAUUCUCUGUGCUGUGUACUGAAUUGGUAAUUAAAGGCACAUUGUUCAAUUAUGUAACAUUGGCACUGGUGGAUGAAUUUGGAA